CCUCUCCUCUUCACUUCACUCUACUGCAGGGUGGGAGAUGCAACAAUGGACUUGAGAACAGCAGGUAGUGUGUUGGUGGUCUUUCUCUGGUCUGUAGCAGGUGUUCUGGGACAAAAUACUGUGAAGAGUGUCUGUGCCUUAAAGGGGUCAUCAGUGGACAUGCGCUGUCCUGUUCCCAGUGUGACCCAAGUCACAGAGAUAGUCUGGUUUAACACAUGGUUGAAUCCUUAUGAUCUGAGAUGGGACCCUAAGUAUGAUGGUCGUGUGGAGUACAGUGGAACUACAGAGAAGGACUGUAUCCUGAGAAUCACAGACCUGAGACAGAGUGACAUAACAACAUAUCACUUCAGAUAUAAAACAAACCAGUAUUCAGAAUGGAAAUAUUCAUAUGGAUUCACUCUCAGUCUCACAGAUCUAAAGGUGGAGAGGAUAUAUGACAACACACUGACCUGUAGCACCACCUGUACUCUGACUGGUAACCCCACAUACAUCUGGUACAAGAACGGACAACGUCUAGAUGAGAGCACCUCCCCCCAGUACAAAUACUCAGUCUCCAGUAACUAUGACAAUAGUUACUCCUGUGCUGUAAAAGGCCAUGAGGAUCUCCACUCUCCUGCAGUGUGUGUUCAGGGUCACAACUGCUGGAGGGUGACUUACACCAAGAGGAGAAUCUGUGUCUUGAAGGGCUCCACAGUGAACAUAUCCUGCUCUUACACUCAUCCCACUAGUUAUAUAGAACAAGGUUCAUUCUGGUUUACACAGAAACACCCUGUAGAUGUCAGGUCAUAUCCAGAGUAUACAGGUCGUGUGGAGUACAAUAGGAACACAGAGAACCACCACACCAUGACAAUAACACACCUGACAGAGAAGGACUCGGCUGAAUACAUAUUCAGAUUAAUAACAACAAAAGAGGGGAGAUUUUCUGGCCUUCCUGGUCUGAUGUUGACUGUCACAGAUAUCCUGUUAGAGAUGGAUCCUACGUCUGUGUCAGAGGGGGAGAGAGUCACACUGAGAUGUAGAACCCAAUGUACAGUCGGUCUCAACCCCACCUACAUCUGGUACAAGAACAGACAAAGUCUGACCAACCCAGUCACCAGUUAUAACAGCCUGAUCCUAGACCCAGUCACCAGUUAUAACAGCCUGAUCCUAGACCCAGUCAGCAGUGAGGAUGCAGGGAACUACUCCUGUGCUGUAGAAGGCUUAGAGAGAAUCCUCUCUCCAGAAGAGACUCUCACUGUCAGAUACGGCCCAAAGAACACCUCAGUGUCAGUCAGUCCCUCUGGUGAAAUAGUGGAGGGCAGUUCAGUGACUCUGACCUGCAGCAGUGAUGCCAACCCACCUGUGGACAUAUACACCUGGUACAAGAAGAAUGGAGGUGGCUAUCAGAGUAUGACAGGACCACAGCAUGUCUUCAAACAAAUCCAGUCAUCUGACAGUGGAGAGUACUACUGUGAGGCCCAGAAUGAGAUGGGGACAGACAUGUCUAGGACCAUUAACAUGGAUGUGAAGUAUACUCCAAAGAACAACUCAGUGUCAGUCAGUCCCUCUCGUGAAAUAGUGGAGGGAGGUUCAGUGACUCUGACCUGCAGCAGUGAUGCCAACCCACCUGUGGACAAAUACACCUGGUACCAGAAGAACGUAACCUCACCAAAAGCAUCAGGACAGAGUUACAGCAUCACUAACAUCAUCUCUGAGGACAGAGGAGAAUAUUACUGUGAGGCUGAGAAUAAAUAUGGACGUCUCAACUCUUCUUCUGUGUCUGUGGACGUUCAGUACGGCCCAAAGAACACCUCAGUGUCAGUCAGUCCCUCUGGUGGAAUAGUGGAGGGCAGUUCAGUGACUCUGACCUGCAGCAGUGAUGCCAACCCACCUGUGGACAAAUACACCUGGUACUUUCAAAAUGAGACUUUUCUAAAUGGAUGUGGACAGAUGUACAACAUCAGUAACUUCAAGUCUAAGGACAGUGGACAUUACCACUGUGAGGCCUGGAAUAGAAGAGGAUCUAGGAACUCUACAGCUGUGAUGAUCAUUAUACCAGGGAAACAAACCUCAGUUCUGACUACAGCUGUAGGAAUCAUAGUGGUUGUUCUGGUUCUCAUCCUCUGUUUCUCUGGACUCAUGUGGUUCAGGAAGAAGGCCUCCAAAUCCACCUCUGACACAAGAGACACAUCAGAGAAUGUACAGGGAGACUCUAGUCCAGUGUAUGAAAACGUCUCAAGCAUGACCAUGGCCCCUACUGCAGCACAGACAGCAGCCACAGAUGACCAGGAUGAUGUUCACUACUCCAGCGUCCACUUCUCUCACUCCAAAAACCAGGAAGUGCCUCUGUACUCCACCGUCCAGCUGUGUAAACCCCAGAAACAGGAAGAGGAUGUCCAGUACGAUACUGUGAAAUUCAACCUCCCCAGUGCUGCCACCCGACCCACGGCAGCACAAGCAGCUGAGGAGGACUCUUCUGAGAUCUAUAGUAGAGUCAACAAACCCAGAAGACCUGAACACAACAAACCCAGAACCAAGAAGACCUGAACGCAACAAACCCAGAACCAAGAAGACCUGAAUGCAACAAACCCAGAACCAAGAAGACCUGAAUGCAACAAACCCAGAACCAAGAAUACCUGAACACAACAAACCCUGAACCAAGAGGACCUGAACACAACAAACCCUGAACCAAGAGGACCUGAACACAACCAACCCAGAACCAAGAGGACCUGAACACAACAAACCCAGAACCAAGAACUGAAAACAACAAACUCAGAACCAAGAAGACCUUGUAUAUCUGGACCCGUAUAUUAUAACUAGUGGUAUAAUUAAGCAAUAAGGUCAGAGCCGGUGUGGGAUAUUGGCCAAUAUACUGUACCAUGGCUAAGGACUGUUCUUAAGCACGACACAACGCAGAGUUCCUGGAUACAGCCGUUAGCUGUGGUAUAUUGGUCUAUAUACUGUACCACGGCUAAGGACUGUUGUUCUGCACAACGCAGAGUGCCUUGAUACAGCCCUUAGUCGUGGUAUAUUGGUCUAUAUACUGUACCACGGCUAAGGACUGUUGUUCUGCACAACGCAGAGUGCCUUGAUACAGCCCUUAGUCGUGGUAUAUUGACCAUAUACUACAAGCACGAGGGCUUUAUUGCUAUUAUAAACUGGUUACCAACAUAAAUAGAAAGUAAACAAAUAUUUUGGUGUCAUACCAGUGUUCUAUUGUCUGAUAUACUGUAUGUGAAAUGAAAUGCGUAUUCAGCCAAUCAGCAUCCAGGACCUAAACUACCUGGUUUAUAAUAGUAUCUAGUAAUAUACAGUGCAUUCAGAAAGUAUUCAGACCCCUUGACCUUUUCCACAUUUUGUUAUGUUACAGCCACAGACUUCAAACCUCACACUCAGUGUCUAUUUAUAUAGACUUCCAGUAAGUUAACUUACAACACACUUCACUUCACUUGAUUGUCAGACGUAACAGAGUUAACUUCUAGCUGGCUAGCUAGCUUUCGGUAUCACUGAACAACAUCUGCUUCAUGUAGCUAACAAGCCAACUGAGAUAGUUAGUUCACUGAAUUCAUAUACCAGUCCAACGUCGACUCUUAAUAACACAGUAUCUUUACAUGGUUGGUUUAUUCUGUCUACAUUUCUUUACA